AUGGGUAAGACGCGUGGUAUGGGAGCCGGGCGCAAGCUGCGCAACCACCGGCGCAACCAGCUGUGGGCGGACAAGCAGUACAAGAAGAGCCACCAGGGCAACGAGUGGAAGAAACCCUUCAUGGGCUCGUCUCACGCCAAGGGCAUCGUGCUCGAGAAGAUUGGUAUUGAGGCGAAGCAGCCUAACUCCGCUAUUCGUAAGUGCGCGCGAGUGCAGCUGAUCAAGAACGGCAAGAAGAUCGCCGCGUUCGUGCCCAACGACGGUUGCCUCAACUUCAUCGAGGAGAACGACGAAGUGCUCAUUGCCGGAUUCGGACGUAAGGGGCACGCUGUGGGAGAUAUUCCCGGUGUGCGGUUCAAAGUGGUGAAGGUGUCCGGUGUGUCGCUGCUCGCUCUCUUCAAGGAGAAGAAAGAGAAGCCCCGUGCCACGUCAGACGGCUCAUCUCCCUCUGCAGCCACGUCAUCCUCCGCGUCAUUCUCGGAGCCUGCCUCGCUGCUGGAGUACGAAGAGCAACUGCUGACGUGGCUUCGACAGUUUUCCGACGAGCUCGCGAGUCGUAUCACCGAGAUCGACGGCCGGAUCGACGGCCUGCUGAUCGACGCGACUCGGGUGGACGCGAAGCUUCGUGUGGCCGAGGCGAAGCUGCAGUGCGCUCCCGUGAUUCGCGGCGCCGUUCACACCAUCUCAAUCCCAAAGCAGCCGCGCACAAGUCAGGCGCAAGGCGAGCUUAGCGGGAGGACGGGGAUGUCUACAGCGAGGAUAUCAAUUGCUCAGAAGAAGCGGAACGAGAAACAGAAAGAGAAGCAAAAGGAGGAGCAGAAAGAGAAGCAGAAGGAGAAGCAAAAGGAGGAGCAGAAAGAGAAGCAGAAGGAGAAGCAAAAGGAUAGACAGAAGGACGAGCAGGGAGGAAAGAGAGGAGGGGGUUUAAGCUUUGAGGAGCGUGUUCAGGUGAAUUAUCAGGUGGCCCUGCAGCUAGGGUUUCAGGCUCUGGAAGGGAUACGAGAGGAAGGGGAGAGGGAGGAGCGGAGGAGAGGAGGAGGGCGAAAGCAGCGUGGUAGGGGACGCGUGGCUGGUGGUUCUUCAGCUUCUGCUGCUGCAGUUGCAGCAAGAGGUGUGACAGAAGGAGAGGCAGCAGGAGCAGCAGCAGGAGUAGCAGCGAGAGUGGCGGCAGCGGGAAUAGCAGCGGCAGCAGGGGCAGGAGAUGGCUUUAGCGCUCAACAGCAACAGCAGCAGCUGGGGCGGCAGCAAGAGGAGGGCCAGGAACAGCAGCAGCAGCAGCAGCAGCAGCAGGAGGGGCAGGUGACUGUAGUUCCAGAGGACACGUGGAGUGACAGUGAUGAGGGUGGUGAUAAUGAGAGCAUUGACAGUGACAGGAGCGGUGGCAGCCGUGACAGUAUCGAGGGGGACACUGGCAGCAUGGAGUCUGGAUUCGCGAGCAGUGAAGGGGGCAGGACGGCUGGCUCUCAAGCCAGCUCUCGCAGAAAGACCCGAGGGAUGGACACUCGUCGUGGGUUUUACGGUGCAGCAGAAGAGAGCCAGAGCUAUUACAGCCCAGAGCUGUCAUCUGCUGCUGCUGCUGGUGCUGGUGCUGCUGGUGGGGCGGCUGUGGGUGCUGCGUCUCCUCUCUUUCCGCCCUACAGCAGUCAAGCAGCAGUCGUUUCUCCCUUCCCUGGCCGGCCAGAUUCUCUCGCUGCCCUCGCCUCUCUCUACGAUUUCACCACCGCUAUCCCCACCCCCUCCUCGCCCCCUCCCUACUCUGAGCCUGGGGAUUUGCCUGCUGGGCUUGCCAGGCAGAAUCUUGCACCCGCUGAAACACCUGAAGCGUCUGCCUCUGUUGCUGGGCACCUGGCUGGUGAUCAGCUCGCGCUGCCUGGUGUCUGGUCAGGUGAAUUCCCAGGUGAAUCAGGGACUUUCCCAGGUGCUGUUCCUGUCCUGCCUGGGUCGUCCCCGUCUCCUCCGCCCUUCCCUUCAACCUCGCUCUCUCUCAUGGAGCCGUCUGGAUGGGCUGUUGACAACUUCAGGUCCCUGCUGGAGCAAGCACUCAGAGCACCGGUUGCUGACAGCACUUGA